UUUUAAUUUAAAGCUUCUGUGCAUUAAUAUUAACUGCAAAUCAUCUAAAGGUACAGUGCUUAAAGUACUGCUGAUCAUUAUUCACAUUUUGGACUUAUCUGCGUAAAUUAUAAGUGUUAUCUCAGAGUGGACUAACUUAGGAUUUUUGUGAAUACAUUAGCAAUGUUGGCAAGUUUGGAAAGCAAAGUCAUCGUAGUAACAGGAGCUGGUCAAGGAAUUGGUAGAGCUUUAUGCCAGCAUUUGGCAGCAGCAGGCGCUAAAGUGAUUGCGCUUUCAAAGUCGGUGGAAAAAUUAGAAGAGCUUAAAAAUAUAUGUUCAACUGUGGAAACCAUACCAGUAGAUCUUAGAAAUUGGCAGAAUACACGGGAUAUUCUAUCGAAACUCCCACAAAUUGAUGGUUUGGUGAACAAUGCUGGCGUAGCAAUAAUCAAACCUUUCACUGAAUUGACAGAACAGGAUUUUGAUGACACAUUUGAUAUUAACAUCAAGGCAAUUUUCAACGUUACCCAAACACUUUUGCCGAAGCUCAAAAAAGGAUCGAGUGUAGUGAUGACAUCCUCAUUAGCUGCUUCUCGAUCAUUUCACGGUCAUGCUGUAUACAGUGCUACUAAAGCUGCUGUCGACUCAUUGACACGUUCAUUAGCCUUAGAGCUUGGACCCAAGCAAAUACGAGUAAAUUCCAUUAAUCCUACAGUAGUGCUAACACAAAUGGGACGUGAAAAUUGGAGUAAUGAAGAAAAAUCGGGUCCGCUUUUAGCACAUAUACCUCUCAAUCGCUUUUGCGAGGUGCAAGAAGUAGUCGAUGGAAUAGUCUACUUGUUAAGUAGUAACUCAAGUUUUGUAAAUGGACAUCAGUUAAACUUAGAGGGAGGUUAUUCGGUGUCUUAAAAUGGAUUUAUAAAAACAAAAUCUCUUAUUUUUUCAACAAGUAAAAAUUUCGUCUGAUUUAUAUUUAAA